AUGGCGACAUCCACUGCGCGCGCGAAGCUGAAAAUCCGGAGCGUGCCGAAAGCCAGCUCCGAUGGACCAUCGUCGCCGAACGGCGCUUCCAAGGCGGACGCCAUGCGGGACAUGUAUGGCUUCACGCUCCAAAGCCAGUACACGGAUAUCUACAAGACGUACGCGCGCAUUUACCAGGUGGAGGAGGAGGAACGGUCAGACCGAUGGGACAAGUUCUUGCAGCACUGCGACCUCUCCUUCCACGAACCUUCCUCUUCCACCCGAACACCAGCAGCAGCAGAGGCAGCAGAGGCAGAGGCAGCAGGAGAUGCGUCUGUUUCUGCUUCCCAAGCGGGGAGGGGAGAAGGAGAAGGGGUGGAGGGAGAAGGAGGAGAAGGAGGAGAGGGAGAAGGAAGGUUCAGAGAGCAGUUUCGGGAGGAGCUGGUGAUUAUAGAGAAAGUGCUUAAAGGGAGAAAGCUGUGGAGGAGGAGAGGAGGGGAAGGGGGCGGGAAGGAGGGGAGUGCGGUCGGUGAGGGUUUGAGUAGGGGUGAUAAUGCUGCUGGUUCUGGUGCUGGUGGUGCUGUAGCGGUUGUGGAUAGUCAUGGAGAGAAAGCAGGUGUGGAAGGAGAUGCGGGAAGUGUGAGCAUAACUAGCGGUGUAGAUAAGGGAGAGGCGGAGGGAGGCAAUGGUGCUACAGAAGGAAAAGGAGAAACCCACAAUGCUGUGGCUGAUAAGGAUGCUUCUUGUAAGGAGGAUGUUGGUAAGGAGAAUGCUUUGAAGGAGACAGAGAGUGGAGGCAAAGAGGGGGAAGGCAAGGCUGUUUCCAGUACAGGAGCAGCAGAUGGGAAGGCUGGAGACGAAGGGAAAGAGGGUCUGAAGGCGGCUGAAGAGAAGAAGUUGCAAGAUGGUGAGGAGGGUGGGGGAAAGAAGACAUCUGUGGAAGGUGGUGGUGAUGGUGAGGGCGGGGCGAAGGUGGCGAGUGGAGUGGAGGGAGAAACCAAGGUUGAGGUUAAGGGUAAGGGUUCAAAACCGAAAGCAGAGGAGGAAGAGGAGGAGGAGGAGGAGGAAGAAGAGGAGGAAGAGGAGGAGGAGGAGGAAGAGGAGGAAGAGGAGGAAGAGGAGGAAGAGGAGGAAGAGGAGGAAGAGGAGGAAGAGGAAGAAGAAGAGGAAGAGGAGGAGGAAGAAGAAUACGAGGAGGUGGAGACAGAGGAGGAGGUGGAGGAGGAGGAAGAAGAGGAGGAGGAGGAGGAGGAGGAGGAGGAGGAGGAGGAGGAGGAGGAGGAGGAGGAGGAGGAGGAAGAGGAGGAGGAAGAAGAAGAGGAGGAAGAGGAAGAGGAAGAGGAGGAGGAAGAGGAAGAGGAGGAGGAAGAAGAGGAGGAAGAGCAGAAAAUACCAAAAGAAGCAGGAAAAACAGGGGAUGGGAAGGAGAGAGAGAAAAACAACAAAACCACAGCUUCAUUUGCAAAGGAUAGCUCCUCCGGAAGCCCCUCUGUGGAUAAGUCAGGAGAUAAGUCAGGAAGCAAGUCAGGAGACAAGUCAGGAGACAAGUCAGGAGACAAGUCAGGAGACAAAUUAGAUCUGGAAGGGGAGAAAGAGGAGAAAGGACCUACUGCAGCGCAACCAAAAGCAGAUGGAGCAGCAGCAGCAGCAGCAGAAGUAGCAGCAGCAGCAGCAGGAGGGCAACAGAAAGAGCCAAGUAGCCCAUCCAAACCUGCAAAGCUAUCAAAGCUGGCAAGUGUUUUGUCUCCUGCUGCCACGGCCGCUGCUGUGGAGGCGCAGAGAGAAGCAGCAGAGGCCGCUGCUGCUCUCGAAGCCGUGGCUAAUAAGACGCUGAAAGCUGCGAGGGAGGCACAGGGGGGGGCAGGAGGGGUGGAGGGAGCGGGGGUGGACGCACAGAGAGAAGCAGCAGAGGCGGCUGCCGCUCUUGAAGCCGUGGCGAAUAAGACACUCAGAGCUGCGAGGGAGGCACAGGGGGGUGGGGGAGGGGGAGGAGAGGAAGGGAGGGUGGGAGCAAAGGACGUGCGAGUAACAGAGGGCGACGGGGGAGAGAAAGGGGGAGAGGGGAAGGUUGAUGGAGGGGAGGAGAAGGGAAAGGGGGAAGUUGCGGAGGGGGAGGGGAGGGGCCAGCAGGAAAAGCAGGAAGGCACGGAGAGGAGUGGCGGUGAGAAGGAAGGAGAUGAAGCGGUGGGGGGGAAGCAGCAAGGAGAUGCAGAGGGGAAUGGGAGAGAGGCGGAAGGGGGUGUGGGAGAUGCGACGGGGGAUGGGAGAGAUGCAGAGGGGGGUGGGGGAGAGGCCGAAGGGAAGGGGAGUGCGAUGCGGCAGGCGUUAAACACAGCGGGGUUCCCGAUGCUGGGGAGAGUGCCGUGGGGGCGAGAGCUGCACUCCCUGGUCAUGGGCGGCGUGCCCAUGAACCUGCGCGGCGAGGUGUGGCAGAUAUUUGUGGGCACCAAGGCGAGGAGGCGAGCAGGGCUGUACGAUGCACUGCUGGAGGAGGCACACCGGGAGGACGACCUGUGCCCCAACAGCACCCUCGCUGACAUCUACGCCCGCAUUCGUGCCAAAGACGUGCACAACUCGUGGGCCGUGCAGAUUGAAAAGGACCGUCCUCGCACCUUCCCCGGGCACCCAGCUCUGGACUCUUUAGGGCGAGACUUGCUGCAUGGCCCCAAGAUAGAUAUCAUCAACCAGUUUCAUUUCCCCCCUUCGAUCCCUUCCCGACCUCCGUUCCACCAUCCUCUCUCCCCCCUCUGCCAGGACCUUCCGCGCACCUUCCCCGGCCAUCCAGCGCUGGACUCCAUUGGGCGAGACUCGCUGCGCCGCCUGCUGACGGCGUAUGCGCGCAAGAACAAGGACGUGGGGUACUGCCAGGGCAUGAACUUCCUCGGAGGGCUGCUGCUUCUGCUCAUGCCAGAAGAAAACGCCUUCUGGACCCUGACAGGGAUUGUGGAUGACUAUUUGAAGGGCUACUACUCUCACAACAUGAUCGAAGCUCAGGUGGACCAGCUGGUGUUUGAAGACCUCGUGAGGCAAAACUUCCCUCGACUUGCAACGCACUUUGAGAACAUGGGGGUGCAGCUGUCGUGGAUCACAGGCCCCUGGUUCCUCUCCCUCUUCAUCAACGUGUUUCCAUGGGAAAGUGUGCUGCGUGUGUGGGACGUGAUGCUGUUUGAGGGCAGUCGCUGCAUGCUCUUCCGGGCUUGCCUCGCGCUUCUCGAGCAGCACUCAAUUCUUCCCUUCCCUUCGCCUCUCUUCCCUUCCCUUCGCCUCUCUUCCCUUCCCUUCGCCUCUCUUCCCUUCCCUUCGCCUCUCUUCCCUUCCCUUCGCCUCUCUUCCCUUCCCUUCGCCUCUCUUCCCUUCCCUUCGCCUCUCUUCCCUUCCCUUCGCCUCUCUUCCCUUCCCUUCGCCUCUCUUCCCUUCCCUUCGCCUCUUUUCCCUUCCCUUCGCCUCUCUUCCCUUCCCUUCGCCUCUCUUCCCUUCCCUUCGCCUCUCUUCCCUUCCCUUCGCCUCUCUCUUUCUUUGCUGAUGGAGCUGACUGACUCAUCCUUCCUACUGAUGGAAAUCACUGAGACAGGCGAGCUCAUGUCCACCCUGCUGAACUCGGCAGCGUCGGCCUUUGAUGCCAGUCAGCUGGUGCUGAACGCGUGUGUGGGGUACAUGGCUGUGGACGAGGCGUUAUUAGAGGCCCUGAGGCAGAAGCACCGGCCGGCCAUCAUGUGUCUUCUGGAGUGGAGGAGAGGCACGUCGCCCUGCCUGCAGCACUGCCUGAGCCCUGAGGCAGAAGCACCGGCCGGCCAUGCGUCGACUAGAAGAGAGGCAGGUGGCACUGCAGCGACACUGAGGCAGAAGCACCGGCCGGCCAUAAUGAGGCGGCUGGAGGAGAGGCAGGUGGCGCUGCAGCGCUACCAGAGCGGCAAGUCGGAGCGCCUCAAGGCGGAGGCUGCUGCAAUCUUCGAGCGCAUGUCCCUCCACCCCACUGCUGACGGCCGCCCCGUCACCACCAACUCCCUUGACGACUCCAUCCUCCCCUCCCCUUCUGCUGUCGCUGCCUCUGGGUCGGGUCUCCUGCUGGAUCCGCCGUCGCUGCUCCUCCCACCCUCUACUGACAGCCUCGCUACUAACAGUGUUCUUAGUAAUAGCAAGAGCGGUAACAGUAGAAACAGUCAACUACCGCCUCUCCCCACGCAGGGGCGUCAGAAGGGGGUUGUUCAGGGGGACUCCCAGGCAGGCCCAGCAGCCAAUCAGCGCCCUCCACCUGUCCAAUUCAAGCCUGGAGCGAGGCUGUUUCCCCUCCCCCCCAGCCCUCCACUUGCCCGGUCCUCCUCCCUCUCAAGGCUCCACGUGUCAGCUCUCCAUAGGCCCGUUUGGCACCGCUUUGGCAUGCAUUUAGGGUGCAGCCCUGCCGCUAGGAACAUGGUGGCGCUUUUAGCUAAGCAAAUGGAGGAGGAGCAGACGCAGCCCCGGGGGGCGCCAAAGCUGUCGCUGCCGAACCGGGUGGCUCGGGCCGUGGCUGUGUUGUUGGAAGCAGCAGGGGUGGAAGGUGGGAGAGAGGCGAGGGAUAGGAGGGUGAAUGGUGGCCUGGAUAUGCCUAUAGAUGGUUCCUCCUGGCCUGAUGUGAGCUGGCUGGUAGCCACCACCGUCUCCUCAGUCUCUUCAACAAGCAUGCUAGCAGUGGGUGGUGGAUCAGCAGGCAUGCCAACCGGGAUGCUAGCAGGAGCAGCGGGUUCCUUCUCCUUCUCCUCCACCUCUCUCCCCCCCUGGCCUGACCACCGCCGCUCGUCCUCCUCUCACGACCUUGCGGCUCUCAACCGCAGCCCCGCCUCUCCCCCCAUCCCUUUCCUUGCCAACGGUGCUACCGGUGCCUCUGCUGAUGCUGGUGCUACUGGCGAUGAUGGUGGUGCUGGUGACGAGGAUUGCUCCAGAGAGGGAGCAGGUGCAGCAGCGGCGGUGGAACCAGGAGUGGCAGGAGGGGAAGCGAGAGCAGGGGGAGCAGGGGGGGCAGGGGGAGCAGGGGGGGCAGGGGGAGCAGGGGGAGCAGGGGGGGCAGGGGGGGCAGGGGGAGUAGGGGGAGCAACAGCAGCUGUACCAUCAGCUGCUGCUGCAUGGAGCUGGUCCGGAUGGGGUCAGGCAGGGUCUCUGUUCGGUGGGGGAGGAGGAGGGGCAACAUCUGCUGCUGCUGCUGAUGCAGCUGCAGGAGGGGCAGACGGGAUGGUGGGGGAAGGGGAGGGGCAGGUUGGGGACGGUUCAGAGCGGUUGAAGAGGGAUAUGACGGCCAUGCUGGAUCUGCAAGCACAGGUUAGAGUGGGCCCCAGGGCAGGUGGUUUUUCAAGCAGGUGGGUUCCAGGGCAGGUGGUUUUUCAAGCAGGUGGCGUGGCUAAAGGAGCAGCUGGUGGUGUUCACUUUGGAGAGCUAAAAGUGGUGCUCAUCAUUCCCUCUCAUCCCUCCCUGCCCUCCUCCCCGGCCUCGCCUCUCUUCCCUCCCUCCUGGCAGGUGGCGUGGCUCAAGGAGCAGCUAGUGUUCACACUGGAGAGCCACCACGAGUCACAGACGCGGGUGGAGGCUCUUCAAACAGCCAUGGUGGAAAUGGCUCAGAGAGACACACACAUGCAGCUCACAGUGAAGGUGGAGCAAAUGACGAACGAGGUGGAGGUGCUUCGGAGGGAGCUGUCGCAGCAGCAGCAGCGGGCAGCAGUGGUGCUCGAGCAAGCUGUCAUGGACAAGCAGAUUGAGAUGCAGCGCGAGCUGAAUGCGCUGCUGAGGGCAUUGGCGUCAAAGGAGGAGAAGAUGCGGCGGGAUGUGGAGGGGCUGCAUGAUAGGGUGGAGGACAAGGAGAUGGAGAUAGAGCGACUCAAGCGGGUGAUUGGUCGUCUGGAGGGGGACAAGAGGGAGCAAGAGGAGAUGAUAGCAGUGGGCAGGCAGCAGGUGGACACACACAAGCGCGUGAUUGAGAUGCUGGUGGAGAAGGGCCAGACGAUGCAGCAGCAGAUGGUGGCCAUGGAGAAGCGAGCACUCACAGCUGAGGGCAUGGCACGGGCCUUUUUGGAGAUCUCAGGGGCAGAGAAGGGCUACACGACGUUUGGGUCCGCAGUGGGGCUUGAAUCCUCCUACCUGCCCUCCGGUGCUGACCUUGAUGCACUCUCCCACUCGCCUCUACCGUCCCCAACCUCGUUAGUAGCAUCCUCGUUAUCAUCAGUGGCAUCGUCGUCAAGUACAGAGCAAUUGUCAUCAGCAGGAACUGUGGAGGGCAAGCCAAACUCAUUACAAGCGUCGUUGUCUGGAGAAGGGAAGGGUGGCAGCAGACCUGCUGUGCCGAACACUACUGCUACACCUACUGUAUAA